AUGAAACUUCCACCGCCGAAUUUGUCCUUCUUUAUUCCCUCGGUUUAUGAUGGCCGCAAGCUAGAAUGCCGCAUUUUCCUACCACCGGCGCUCCAAAAUAUACAAUCAGUAACAACUUGGCCAAUCCGUGGAGCUAUUGUCGCCCAUCCAUAUGCACCUUUGGGAGGCUGUUACGAUGACCCAGUUGUAAAUUUCAUCAGCAGCGAGUUUUUCCGCGCUAAUUAUGUCGUUGGCACUUUCAACUUUCGUGGAGCGGGCGACUCUGAAGGACGAACAAGCUGGACAUCAAAGCCUGAACUGGGAGACUAUGUGUCGUUCUAUGGGUUUAUGUUGCAGUAUUUGCAUUACGUGAAGCUCGCACUGGCCUCGACAAACCAACUAGCCUCAGAGCCUCAAGGCAACCAAGACGGCAGCUUAGAAGAUCAAAGUCCAGGAUUUACGCGAACAGCUGAAGAUGCAAGCAUCCGUCUCAUCCUAGGCGGAUAUUCGUAUGGAUCCUUGAUCGCAUCACACCUUCCAACCCUGGAGGUCAUGCUCGACCUUUUCCAGAGCACAACACGAUCGGAAAAUCCAAGCCCAAUAUCCGAGAUAAGAAACAUAGCAAAACAACUAUCAACUUCAUCCCUAGGGCACCUCCAACUGAGCCCGACCGGAGAACCAGACCUACGUACAUUGACAACCAUCUCCUACCUCUUAGUAUCCCCACUCCUACCUCCAGUCAGCAACCUUCUCACAAUCUUCACGAGCUUAUCACUCAAAGUGCAAGGGCAAUCCCAAAGCAAGACCCUCCCAUGUCCUAAUCCAGCAGACCAGCUGAGCAUGCACCGAAGCCUAGCGCUUGCCGGGGAUCAGGACAGCUUUGUCUCCGCUACAAAGCUGGAGAGAUGGUCAGACGAGAUCGCGCACAUGCCAGGCAGUCAGUUCCAGUUUCGGAUGAUUGAUGGCGCGGACCACUUUUGGCGUGAGAAUGAGAGGGCAAGACUUGUGCUGAGGGUGUGGCUCUUUGAGAGAUGA